AUGAACACCGCCAGCUCCAGUUCCGCCACGCUGAGGUGCGCGGGCAAGCCUGCUAGCUUCGGCGCCGGCUUUGGCCGGAGGAGCGGCCACUGCAACUGCAGGGUGAAGGCGGCGGCGGCCGCGAGCGCGGGUGUCCGCUCGCCGAGCAGGGGCGACUACUACAAGGUGCUGUCCCUGGAGCACUCGGCGGACGUGGGCGCGGAGGAGGUCAAGCGCGCGUACCGGCGGCUGGCGCUGCAGUACCACCCAGACGUGUGCCCUCCGUCGCGCCGGGCCGAGUCCACGGAGCUCUUCGUCGAGCUCCAGCGCGCCUACGAGACGCUGUCCGACCCUGCCACGAGGGUGCAGUACGACGCUCAGCUGACCGGCCGGGCGUCGACGAGGCCAGAUGGGUUCGCCAGGGACGUAUGGGAAGCCCAGUUGUCCGUGCUGCGGGAGAGGUCCGAACGGCGGCAGAAUGGAAGGAGGUGCAGCGGCCGACGGUUCUAG